CAAGUCUGAGAAGAUCUCCUAAUAAACCUUCUUCGUGCAAAACAAUAUUGAAACAAAGUUUCACAUAUUUAUUUUACUUUCCUCUUCAUCUGCUUUAUCUCUUUCGGCUUGAUCCAGAGAACCACCAUGGCCGCGACAAUGGUGAAGGAGGCAGGCUCUGAACCCUCCCAGCUUUUGGGCCCCGAAUCCGCUUCUGAAAGAACACUGUACCCAUAUGUGACCGGUACAUCUGUGGUGGCUUUGAAGUAUAAGGAUGGAAUUUUGAUGGCUGCUGAUAUGGGAGCAUCCUAUGGAUCCACCUUGCGAUACAAGAGUGUGGAGAGAAUGAAGUCUAUUGGGAAGCAUUCUCUUCUUGGUGCCAGUGGAGAAAUUAGUGAUUUUCAGGAGAUUCUACGCUAUCUUGAUGAGCUCAUCCUGUAUGACAAUAUGUGGGAUGAUGGCAACUCCUUGGGUCCUAAGGAGGUGCACAACUAUUUGACGAGGGUGAUGUAUAAUAGACGCAACAAAUUCAAUCCAUUGUGGAAUUCCCUUGUUCUUGGUGGAGUUAAAAAUGGACAAAAGUAUCUUGGCAUGGUCAGUAUGAUAGGAGUAAAUUUUGAGGACAAUCAUGUAGCAACUGGAUUUGGAAAUCACUUUGCACGGCCAAUACUUCGUGAUGAGUGGCACGAGAACCUUAGUUUUGAAGAUGGUGUUAAGUUACUGGAGAAAUGCAUGCGUGUGCUUCUGUAUCGUGAUAGAUCUGCUGUAAACAAGCUUCAGAUAGCUAAAAUUACUGAGGAAGGUGUAACAAUUUCCCAGCCUUAUGCACUGAAGACUUUCUGGGGAUUCUCUGCAUUUCAGAAUCCAACAGUUGGCGCUGAAGGAUCAUGGUAGAUUGGUAGUUGGUGCUGGCUUGGGGUUUAUUUGGAAGUUAAUCAUCUGAACCGCAAAUAGUUACUCAAACCAUUGGGAUUCUGCUUUCUCUGCUUGCUGUAAUAUCUGAACCAUGAAAUUAGUAUGGGUUUCGUUUAUCAGCUUGUAAUGCUGUUCGGAUAUCAUUUUAUCACUCUUGGAAGAAAUUUGAUUCUGCAAUUUGUUCA